GGGGUGGAAAGUUGCGGGCGGAGUAUGUGCAGUGUUCUGACAGCAGCUCCAGUACAGCUGAGGGAACAAUAAGGCAAAGUCGCGGCCAAGAGAGCGGUAGGGGACAAGCGGCGAUGACUUAUCCUGGUGGGCGCGGCGGCGACCUGGCGUCAAUAUGUCACGCCGCAAAGAAGGUUCCUGGCUGCAAGUCUGACGAUCAGACAUACACAGUAUCUGAUUGGAUGAAUGGCUCACUGAUUGCCAGAACGACUGGCUGCUGCACCGGCAAGGGGAGCGGCCUGGCGCGGCAAGCAUCCGCUAAGCGGGCCAGCCUCCCUCGGGAUGGGAAUGGUGUGGAGUGCUUGCCGCGGGGCGCAGGCACCUCAUGCUUCACCUGGUCCGCGUACUUUUAUCUCUCAACCGGUGUCGACUGAGCGACGACCCGCUCUUCAAGUUGGACGUCCCGGGAGUCAUAAAUCCCUCAGCGAGAACAGGAGACACGUCCCGGGGCGCGAGGCUCCCGCUUAGGAUAUUGGCAGGGAAGGCCCGUUAUGGAUGCACUGAGGACCAGGGCAGUGUUUGCAUCGUAUGGAAGGUUUCCUGGAAAGAGGUGGGAGUGCGGGGGCCCUCCUGCAGGGCGGCGAGGAGUCCCGGGCGGGGAGUGUGCGUGGUGGCAGGUGUGGGCGGCGCAGGCCCGUGCGAGUGGCGGUCGGGCCGGAGGUUGAUGCCUCACUACCGCGGCCGCCCCCGCCGCCGCUGCUCCUGGUCCGCCGUCCCGCUGCUCCCGCUCCGCCAGGUGGUUGGAGCUGUCCUGCUGGUCGCAGCGUAACGGCACCAGCCGCCGCCGCCCGCGCCUGCCAUGUAAUCAACCGCGACAAAAACUAGCGUGUUUUUAGGUCAGUGUAAAGUUGACACAAUCUUGUGGGAGUGAGGGAAGAGCCGGUGUGGGUGUCUGGCCGUCAACACCCUGUUGGCGCUGCCGGUGCUCUGACGGAGGUGUAAGGCGAGGAACGAGUGGCGGGGCGGGGGUCGCCCCGGCCAGGACCCACCACCCACGCCCACACCCCGUCACAAGUAAGAGCGGCUCUAGAGGCCACAUCGUCGGGCCCCCGUGUGGCCCAGUGAGUGCCAGGCCAUGUAGUGGCUCCCUAGCAGCCGCCAUGAGAAGCUGGCUGCCUCCUGCCGCCCCUGGCUACUGUCCCCGGGCCCUGGAAGGAUAGCUUCAUGGCCCACCAUACCCAGGGACCCGCCGCCCCCGGGGCACAAACCUCGAGGGGCGUCGCGGGGGAAAAUAGUGAUGCCAGUCCAGCUGAGGAUAAGAAUCCCGCCGGCCCUCAGUCACCAACCCCGAGCCCUUGGGCCGCCUUGACCCGCGCCCGACCCGUGGCAGCCGCUGGAUGGAGCAGUUCAGAGGCUGCGGCGAGGAGGCGUCCCACCGCAGUAUCUAGUCAUGGCGCCCUGCGGGAGAGGUCCGAAGGAUUGUUGCUGACGUUGGUGCUGACGGGGCUGGCUCUAGUGGGUGGCAGAGGUCUGGUGGAGGCCGGGCGGCCCGACAAAGUGAAGAUGGUGAACAUCCCAGGCGAUGUGAUCUUCGGCGGGAUGUUCCCCAUGCAACGAGCGGGCAGCGACACGCCGUGCGGCUCCAUCAAGGAGGAGAAGGGCAUCCAGCGCAUGGAGGCGAUGCUUUACGCCCUCGACAUGAUCAACAACGACACCGUCCUGCUGCCCAACAUCACCCUCGGCGCCCACAUCCUCGACACGUGCUCCACUGACACCUACGCCCUCGAGCAGUCCAUGGAGUUCUUCAAGUCCUCCAUCAACCAGGACACAUCAGACUUCAAGUGCAAGGGCGGCGUGAAGCCCAUCUACACGCCGCCUAAACCUGUCCUAGGUGUGAUUGGCGCCGCCUCUUCCUCUGUCUCCGUCAUGAUAGCAAACAUCCUACGUCUCUUCAAGAUCCCUCAAAUAAGCUACGCCUCCACCUCCACGGAACUCUCAGACAAGUCCCGCUUCGAGUACUUCAGCCGCGUGGUUCCGCCUGAUAACUUCCAAGCAAUGGCCAUGGUGGAGGUGGUGAAGGCGUUCAAGUGGCAGUACGUCUCCACCCUGGCCGACGAAGGAGACUACGGGGAGAAGGGUAUCGCAUCGUUCACCAAACUGGCGGAGUCUUCGGGUCUCUGCGUGGCGGUGGCUGAGCAGGUCAUGAGGAACACGCGGCCCGAGGACUUCGACUUGAUCAUUGAGAGGCUGAGCACCAAACCGCAGGCGAGGGUGGUAAUCAUGUUCGUCAACGAGGACAACACCAGGCGGCUGCUGGCGGCGGCGGUGAAGGCGGGCAAGGCGGGCCAGUUCCUGUGGGUGGGCAGCGACUCGUGGGGAGCAAAGAUUCACCCGGUAAGGGACCAAGAGGAGGCUGCCCUGGGCGCCAUCACCAUCCUGCCGCAGCGGACGUCCCUGCAAGGGUUCGAUCGGUACCUACGCAAAUUAAGGCCGCGAGAGAAGGGGAAGGAGUGUUCCCUCAUAGGUCCAGGUAACGACGACAAGAGGAACUGCAGAAAUGUUUGGUUUAAGGAGUUCUGGACGCAACACUUCAAUUGCACCUUCAGGAACCCGCUGCCGGAGGGUCGUAGGGCCUGCACCGGCACCGAGACCAUCACGCACGAGCAGGAAGGCCUUGUUCCCUUCGUCGUGGACGCCGUGUACGCCUUGGCCUGGGCACUGCACACCCUCCUGCUGGACAAGUGCGGGGCCAUGAAGCUGUGUGAGGAGGUGCUGCCUGUGCCCUCAGGUCCCCAGAUGCUCGCCUACAUCAGGAACGUGUCCUUCAUUGGCCAGCAAGGGCGCGAGGUGAAGUUUAACAAGGACGGUGACGCGCCAGGGAGUUACUUCAUCUAUCAGUAUCAGCGAGUGAGCUCAACCUCCUAUGACUACGUGCUGAUCGGGAACUGGACAGAAAGUAGGCCGGCGCUACACCCACUGAGACACUCCCAACACAACACCCACCGCCAUCGAAAAAGGCUGUCACUCAACCACACCAAGCUGGAAUGGACGGUGGACCAGAGAGGAAACAACACCCACCCACUGUCCAUCUGCUCCUCCCAGUGUCCCAACGGCCACAUACGCAACUUUCAGGACUCGUGUUGCUGGUCCUGCGUGCCCUGUCCUGAACACGCCAUUAUUUACAACGACACCUGCCGUUCCUGCGCGCUCGGCUGGGCCCCGACGGCGGACAAGGUCACCUGCUACAAACUGACCCCGGAAUAUAUUACCUGGGACUCCUCGUGGGCCAUUGUGCCGCUUGUAUUCAGCUCCCUGGGUCUCCUGUGCACGCUGCUCACCACGCUGACGUUCAUCCGGUUCAACACGACGCCUGUCAUCAUGGCCAGCGGGCGAGAGCUUUGCUACGUCCUGCUGUCAGGCAUCGCACUCUGCUAUCUCAUGACUUUCGUGAUCCUGGCGCCCCCCUCCCCUCCCACCUGCGCGCUGCUGCGGAUAGGGCUCGGCCUGGGCCUCUGCAUCUGCUACUCGGCCAUCUUCACCAAGACUAACCGCAUCUCCAGGAUAUUCAACCGCGGCAUCAAGUCCAUCAAGCGUCCCUCGUACACCUCGCCGCGCUCCCAAAUUGUCAUUUGUUCCGGGUUGGUAAGUGUGCAGCUGGUGGGCGUGGUGGCGUGGCUGAUUGUAGAGACACCCGCUACCAAGGAAGUGUAUCCGUACCGCCUCGUGGCCGUGCUGACUUGCGGUAUCUCCAACAUCUCCCUCAUCCUAUCCCUUGGCUACAACAUGGUGCUGAUUCUCCUAUGCACCGUGUACGCCUUCAAGACCCGCAAGAUCCCGGAGAACUUCAAUGAGGCCAAGUAUAUCGGGUUCACCAUGUACAGCACUUGCAUCGUGUGGCUGGCCUUCGUCCCCAUCUACUUCGGCACCAACAACGAUUAUAAGAUCCAGCUCGCCUCCAUGUGCAUGUGUGUGAGCAUCAGCGCGUCCGUGUCCCUGGGCUGUCUCUUCUCCCCCAAGGUGUACAUCGUCAUCUUCCAGCCGUACAAGAACGUCCGCCAGGGCUCAGGACCCGUCAAGGGGUCGCAGAACAAGAACUACGGUCACAGCAUGCGGUUCACCUCACGCUCGCAGACGGCACAGUCAGUGCUGUCUGUGAAUCACUCGAGUGUGCACGCCCCGCCGCCCUCCACCAUCAGCCAGCAUGUGAAUGGAGACUCCCUGACGGUAACGACCCCCAGCGUGGAAGACACGUCAAUCACCUAGGGGCGGCGGGAGGUGCUGCUCUAACUGGAGACGCACCUCCCUACGGGGUUCCCGACAUUGAGGGCGGCGGCAAGAGAACGUCCGCUCUGCCACAACACUUCACGGGAGGUUCGUUCAUGAGAGCUCCGUCAGAGGUUGGCAGCAGCGGCGCCAGUCUCGGGGAGACUCUCAGCGUGGUUGAGGAGUGUGAUCUGGAAGAUGAAGAGGAGGAGGAGGAGGAAGAGGAAGAGAUGUAUGAGUACGAGUGGGAGUAUGAGAAAGAAGAGGACGAGAUAGAGGAGGAAGACGAGAGUGGCAGCGAUGAUGAAAAUGAAAAUAGCAACCUCAAAAAGAAGACCGCCUUGGACGAAUCGACGUACCUGUGAAAGUUCGUUGGGCGCGGCGCUGCUGGCGGUCUGGUGGCCUGGCCGGCGGAGGUAGCCACCCACCGGGCCACACCGCCGCGCCCACGAACCAUGCACCCCGCCGGGAGUUUUGCCUCCAGGAAGGCAGCACCUCGUGUGACGACACACGCUGGGCCGCACUUCCCUGCUCAUUACUGAAGCUCCCCACUGCCAGCGGGGAGAGUGUCUUAGGGCGUUGCAGCCCCCCGCCGGUCACGCCGACGGGAGGGCUGUAGCCUCUAUGACUUCUUUUAGUAUUAUGUCUGUUAUCAUGAAUCUGUUAACUACAAAAUGUUGUUUAGCUGUUGUGUUCUCGAUCUUAACUACGUGAUGGUGCUGAGUACCCCUGCGUCACCCGCCCCGCCCCACACAGCCCGCCCCGCCCCGCAGCCCCACGCCGUCUGCCGCACCACCCUGCUCUUACGCUCCGCGGGGGGCACCGGCCAGUUGGCGUGGACAACGUUAAACCCAGUCCCUCUCCGCCCUGUCCCAGGCUGAGGCAGCGGCGAGGGCCCGGGGCCUUACCCCUGAAGAGACAAAUCCCAGGGCGGGAGGACCAGGAGGAACAUUAUGAGACUUUAAUCAAUGUUUACGUGUGAGGCGUUGUUACCCCUCCCUGUGUGUUCUUUUUACGAGCCCCGGUAAGUGUCGCCGCUCUUGUGAUACUCUCCCUCCCUGCAUGCCGGGGCGGCCAUCGGCCCGCCGCCCACUCUGCUCAGGCGGCAGUGGGCGGCCCGCCUCCACCCAGCACCCAGCACCCGGGAGUGGGCGGGAUGUAUGCCGGGGGAGACCGCGGCCACGCUUCCCCUUCCCUUCAUCUCCACCACUUCCACCACCACCACCACCACCACCACCACCACCACCAUCACCCGCACCACCCUCCACACACUCUUCAUCACGAGGGCAAACAACAACAAUAUAUCAGAAAGUUUCCGGCAUAUAAAUUACCGGAAACAUUUCUAGUUCACUUUAAUCCAAUAUUCAAUAGUUGGUCCUCCACUGCCGUCACGCCCCACCCUCCAAGGCGCCCCUCGCCGCCCCCAGCUACCGGUGCAUAUCUCUUUACCUCAGUCCGUGUCACGUCGGUUCAUCUCCCUGACCUCAUUCGCUUCCACUCACCUCACUUCACGCCUGCCCAUCGUCCUCACCUAAUUAUUUGACACAUUACACUCCUUCAUUCCCUUCCCUUUCACCUUCCCGCCCCCUGCUCCAGCCUGGCCGCGGCGUCACCCCCUGCUCUGAGCCCUGCACUCCCGCCCACCCCACCACCCGCCCUCACCACGGCCGCCCCUUCCCCCUACUGUAUAUAAACGGCUGUACAGUCUUGUUGUGAUCACGCAAUAAAGAUAUAGUGAAAACC